GAGAGCGCGCCUCCUGGCGCACAUGGAGCUUAUAGAGGUGGCGAGCAGAGGAGGAGGAGGAUGAGGAUGAAGAUGAUCCAGCAGCGUGUGAUGGAAUCUAUCAAUCGAUUAAUCGACGGGCAUCAACCUUCAUGUGCGUAAUGCAGCUCGUGGACGCGCAGACGGACACGCGCGCAGGUGGUCCAGGGGGCCGUCCCAAACAGGCAGAGUGGACCAGCUGAAUGUUGGACGCAGACCUUCUGGAUGCUCCGCACACUGCAAGUGACGCUCUCCUCAGGCGAGGGAGUCAAUCAGUGAGGACGAAGGAGGCGGAGUCACAUGGGACGCACUAGCCAUGGAAGUCAAAGGUCAACUCAUCUCAGGACCUGCUGUGGUCACAUGCUGGGACAGGAAGCAGAGGGAGCGCAUGGCGGAGCUGCAGGAGAGGAGGCGGAGCCUGCAGGCGCUGCUCAGCGUGCGAUUGGCCGAGCUGAGGCGGGUGUGUCUGCAGGAGGCGGAGCUGACGGGCGCGCUGCCCGCCGACUUCCCGCUGGCGACGGGGGAGAAGCCCCCCACCGUGAGGCGCAGGGGCGGGGCCUCCUGCCAAGCAAACAGGAAGUGCAGAGGAGAGGAAGAAGACAAUCAGCGAGUGAAGCCUAAAAAAACUUUAUUCAGCGGCGCGCUGAGGAAACACAACGACCGCGAACACAACGUGCACACACAACACGGCAAGACCACUGUGCACAGAGGAUGUCACACUGACGACACAGUGCGGUCAGAGAGCAGCUCCACAUCCGACUCUACAGGACACGACAACGACGAGUGUGUGGCUCAGGGAGGCCCCCUGCUGGCGGUCUCUGGUUCUCCAGUGGAGCUCUUCUACCCCAGCAGAGCCAGGAGGAGCUCGCUGUGCCGCAGGGCGGAGCUUCCUGAGGUCCUCGCCAGCCACAGGCCCCUCCUCCUCCAGCUCCCCGCCCCUCCUCGCUCCCACGACAGCUCGCCGACUUCCCGCCCGUCCGAGGCGUCCCGUCGCGGCAACAGCGCAGACUUCCCGCCGGAGGAGAAGGAGGAGGGCGGGAUGGGCGGCGUCGCCCCCCCGGAGGCGGGGCGGGGCUACGGCGACCUCCUGCUGGACUACGUGCUGGCCAAACAGCGGCAGCGCGCCAAGCCGCACCGGCCGCCGCCGCACUACAACGGCCACGCCUCCUCCUCCCGGCCGCCCCCGGUGGCGCCGCCCGCCUACCGCGUUCACAUGGGCGAGCAGCGCCGCGUCAAGGUCACCCGCACCAAGUCCUGUGGCCCCUUCCUGCCCGUGCCGGAGGCCGACGCCCACAUCCAGCCCGACCCCCACCCGCACCUGCUCCCCCCGCAGCCGGCCCCCGCGCAGGUGGGCGCCGCCAGGAACCUCCACAAGGCCCUCGCCCUGGAAGGUCUGAGGGACUGGUACUUGAGGAACACCGCAGGCUCCUCCCACGCCGACGGCAAGGUCAAAGGUCAAGCCGGGGGCGCCUCCGCGCAGCGCAGACGCACCACUCACGGCCUGCAGGGGGCGCUGCCGCACUCAGUCACCUUCCACGGACACCCGUUGCACGGCAGGUGGGUGCACCGCCCGGCUGUUACCAUGGCAACACGCCCCCUCUCUCUCUCUCUCCUCUCUCUACAGGUCUGGGGGCGGCUCGCUCUACCUGGACUCCGCCCCCCACCACAAACAGGAAGCCCCUCUCAGGGAAGCGCCUGCAGAACCCACCUCGCCAGGAACUCUGGUCUGACCACUCGGCCGCCACUUCAGGAAGUGGGCGGCGACGCACGCCGCCGCCGCCGCCUCAGGGAGAGCGAUCUUUUCACGCUUGGUGACUACGCCCAAAGACUCCGCCCAGCAGCCCCAAGGACGCGGAAGAGCGCGAGAGAGCAAUAACGAGUGGUUUCUUUGUCGUCGUUCAGGUUCCACCUGAAGCGCGUUAGGCCGUCAUGGCAACCGUCUCCAUGACGAUGCCUGAUGACGUCGUCAUCACGUGACCACUUCCUUCAGGUGUGGCUGUGAGCAAUGUUUUUUUUUUUAUGAACUACAAUCAGCUGAGGUGACAAUCACACGACGGGUAUUGAUCAGAGGCUAUUAAUUAGGGACAGGGGUGUCCAAACCUUUUUUAGACCGAGGGCCGCCCACUGGGGGCCACAUUGAGAUUUUUCCAUUUUCAAAACCAAUACAGUAUUUAUUCUAAGUCGUUAGUCAGGUUUCAUAUUUUAGCAUUGAAAGUAAAUUAUUAUUAUUUUUUUAACACUUUAACGACUGAGACCCUUUUGGGUCCCCCGAAGUCCUUAGUCAGAUUUCAGAUUUUAGCGUCGAAAAUAAAUAAAAUAUUUAUUUUUAACACUUUAACGACUGAGACCCUUUUGGGUCCCCCAAAGUUUUUAGUCAGAUUUCAUAUUUUAGCGUAGAAAAUAAACAAAAUGUUUAUUUUUAACACUUUAACGACUGAGACCCUUUUGGGUCCCCUGAAGUCUUUAGUCAGAUUUCAUAUUUUAGCGUCGAAAAUAAGUAAAAUGUGUAUUUUUAACACUUUAACGACUGAGACCCUUUUGGGUCCCCCGAAGUCAUUAGUCAGAUUUCAUAUUUUAGCGUCGAAAAUAAGUAAAAUGUGUAUUUUUAACACUUUAACGACUGAGACCCUUUUGGGUCCCCCGAAGUCUUUAGUCAGAUUUCAUAUUUUAGCAUCGAAAAUAAGUAAAAUGUUUAUUUUUAACACUUUAACGACUUAGACCCUUUUGGGUCCCCCGAAGUCUUUAGUCAGAUUUCAUAUUUUAGCGUAGAAAAUAAAUAAAAUGUUUAUUUUUAACACUUUAACGACUGAGACCCUUUUGGGUCCCCCUAAGUCCUUAGUCAGAUUUCAUAUUUUAGCGUCGAAAAUAAAUAAAAUGUUUACUUUUAACACUUUAACGACUGAGACCCUUUUGGGUCCCCCGAAGUCCUUAGUCAGAUUUCAGAUUUUAGCAUCGAAAAUAAAUAAAAUAUUUAUUUUUAACACUUUAACGACUGAGACCCUUUUGGGUCCCCCAAAGUUUUUAGUCAGAUUUCAUAUUUUAGCGUAGAAAAUAAACAAAAUGUUUAUUUUUAACACUUUAACGACUGAGACCCUUUUGGGUCCCCCGAAGUCUUUAGUCAGAUUUCAUAUUUUAGCGUCGAAAAUAAGUAAAAUGUGUAUUUUUAACACUUUAACGACUGAGACCCUUUUGGGUCCCCCUAAGUCCUUAGUCAGAUUUCAUAUUUUAGCGUCGAAAAUAAAUAAAAUGUUUAUUUUUAACACUUUAACGACUGAGACCCUUUUGGGUCCCCUGAAGUCUUUAGUCAGAUUUCAUAUUUUAGCGUCGAAAAUAAAUAAAAUGUUUAUUUUUAACACUUUAACGACUGAGACCCUUUUGGGUCCCCCGAAGUCAUUAGUCAGAUUUCAUAUUUUAGCGUCGAAAAUAAGUAAAAUGUGUAUUUUUAACACUUUAACGACUGAGACCCUUUUGGGUCCCCCGAAGUCUUUAGUCAGAUUUCAUAUUUUAGCGUCGAAAAUAAAUAAAAUGUUUAUUAUUAACACUUUAACGACUUAGACCCUUUUGGGUCCCCCAAAGCGUUUGGUCAGAUUUCAUAUUUUAGUGUUGAAAAUAAUUUCAUUUUUUAUUUUUAACACUUUACUGACUGAGACCUUUUGGGUCCCCCGAAGCCUUUAGUCAGAUGUCAUAUUUUAGCGUCGAAAAUAAAUAAAAUGUUUAUUUUUAACACUUUAACGACUGAGACCCUUUUGGGUCCCCCGAAGCUUUUAGUCAGGUUUCAUAUUUUAGUGUUGAAAAUAAUUUAAUUUUUUAUUUUUAACACUUUACUGACUGAGACCUUUUGGGUCCCCCGAAGCCUUUAGUCUAAUUUCAUAUUUUAGCGUUGAAAGUUAAUUUCAUUUUUAUUUGUGACACUUUAGCGACUGAGACCCUUUUGGGUCCCCUGAUGCCUUUAGUCAGAUUUCAUAUUUU